CUUUUCCCACUUGAGGAUCUUUGUCUCUCUGAUUACAUCAUGCCAUAGAACAUUGGAUAUGCUUGCCCAUGUCUUGUCUAUGUCUAAAACAGUCAACUACACUUUCUUUUCUUUUCUUUUUUUUUCAUUCACUUCGUCAUAAGUUGAGUAACCAAUUAAUGUAGUUUUCCCUGUCCCUCGUCCUUGCCAUCUUCUUGACAACCAUUAAUCAUUGACGAAGAAAGAUUUCAUUUCUCAUUUUUAGAGGCACACCAAUCCCAUUGGAGCCAAAGAUCUUGAUUUCUCUCUUUAUUUAUUGAGUUUAUUUCUUAAUUUUUUAGUGUUCUUAACAUGCAGUUUCACCAUUUAACCUUGUCAAAUGAGCUUUCUGCUGUAGGUUACAACUGAUGAAGCUAUUGAAUUGUCGAGGAGAGUAGUGUUGGAGGAAGGCCUGAAGAUGAUAUAGGUUAUAUUUCUAAGCUUUGGUGAGAGUCAAAUUCCGACUGCUCUUUUCCAUUCUACACAUGAAGAGGUUCAGAAAAUGCCUACAAGUUCAUGUAAAAUUACUCUUUCUAGAUGGGUCCUACCGUGCAAAUCCAUUCCCAUAUUUUCAGGCCCAGUCAUUAUAGGAUGCAUGUACUCUCUGUCAGGUAAUGCUUACUGAUCCAGAGAUUCUAUUUCACAAAGCUGUGCAUAAGAUGUUUCUCUAGAUGAGUGGCUUCCUUCAUUCUUUGAUCUUAUUUUCUAAAUCCAAAUGCUUUGGUACAUAUCAGUGCAUAUUAUGUCACUGCAUUCUGAAUUGUACCAAAGAGUGGGGGUUUGGCCCUAGGAAUGGUGAUGGGUUGGGGGCAGGGGCGGGGAGGGUUAUCCUGGCCCAUCCUUACCAACCUUGGUUGCCAUCCUGGGAAUGUGGGGAAUUCUUCCCCAUAUUCCCAUCCCUUUGCCAAAAGAGAACAGAAACCCUGUGGGGAUCCCCAUCCCUGCCUAAUUCUUAGAAGAAGGAAAACUUUUAACAAAGUUAAGAAGAAUUCAGUAUAUGUGAAAAUAUUGGUCACAAAGUAACAGUUUGAUUAUCACUAUGUAAGAAAAAAAAAAAAAGGGUUCGGUAACAUGCAAAAGAAAUUGGUCGCUAGGUUCUACACUUGGAGGCUUGCACUGUGGUACAUCAACAAAACAUAACAGUGUAAGGGUUCAAAGGAUAGUGUCUUAGUGAUGCUUUAUGGCACUUAGUUUCUUAGAUUAUAUGAUUAAAAAGAGCAAGACGAAACAAAAAGAUUUGAGCGUGGUAAGAUGAACACGUAGAAGAGGUAAAGAUUACAUGAACAUUCUUAACUUCAAGGACACAAGUACAACAGAGAACAAAACCUAAACUUUGAA